UGUGUAAAAUGGACUAUUGGCUGGUAUUGUAUUCUAAAAAUAUGGUUCAUAUUAUUAUUGGCAACAAGAUAAAACAAUCAACUAAUUGAAUGAAAGAAAAGCUAGAACCAAAACCAAUAUGUGCGCACAGUUUCAUUUUAGAUAGAAUAUUAAGGCCAAUGACCCAUUUUACACAAACGGUUCUGUUAACGUUUAGUUUGAAUAUUUUGACAAUAAAAGUGCGUUUCAAACGAAGUAACUUCUACAUUUCCGUUGCAACUUUAUAAUCGAAGCACACAUCUUUUGUACAUAGAUUGUUUUUAACGGUAAAAAAAAUUUAAUCUCGAAAAACCGAAAGGAAAAAAAAACUCAUAUAAGCAACUCAACUACUGUAGCUCAAUUUAAUUUGCGAUAAUAACAAAAUCACAGAUAAUAAAUUAAAAUCGACCAAAAUGAACAGCUUGUUUGUUAUCAGUUCACUGUUUAUUUGAAGUUUUUAAGUUGAGCAAAGCGUUUGACAAAGUUCCAUUGUCGCGGGCACAGUAAAUACAAGAAAGUAAUUUUCACAGUCCGGUUUCGGCUUUACAGCAAUAUAAGUUUAUCAAAAAGUGACUUACAUUGUAACCCUGAUACUCGAAUCAAUUGAAUGAGAUAUAGAGAAGAAUUCAACGAUUGAAACGAAAUGCGAUUGCAAACAAAGUUGUUGAUUGUGGCCACGCUGUGCGUAGUACAAACAACAACCCAUUCGAAUUCAGUGUUGGGUGGUAAUCGUUUGAAGAAUCGUAUAUUUAGCAUCGACUACACGAACAAUCAAUUUUUGAAAGAUGGUGAACCAUUCCGAUUUAUUGCCGGUUCGUUUCAUUACUUUCGAGCAUUGCCACAAACUUGGCGGCAAAAAUUGCGAACGAUGAGGGCAGCGGGUUUGAAUGCGGUGACAACGUAUGUCGAAUGGUCGCUGCAUAAUCCAAAGCCUGACAUAUUUAUUUGGGAGGGAAUUGGUGACAUUGAACAAUUUAUUCGAUUAGCUGCCGAAGAAGAUUUGCUGGUUAUUUUAAGACCCGGCCCAUAUAUCUGCGCCGAAAGAGACAUGGGUGGUUUCCCAUACUGGCUUCUAACAAGACAUCCCAACAUUAAGCUUCGCACAUACGAUACGGAUUAUCUAAAGGAAGUUCGCAUUUGGUACAAUCAACUCUUCCCAAGGUUAACACAACAUUUGUAUGGAAAUGGUGGUCCAAUUAUAAUGGUACAAGUGGAAAAUGAGUACGGUUCGUUUGCAUGUGAUAGAAAUUAUUCACGAUGGUUACGGGACGAAACGUCAAAUUUUGUUGGCGAUAAAGCGGUGCUAUUCACAAAUGACGGUCCAUCUCAGGUGCCGUGUGGAAAAAUUGAAAACGUUCUGGCCACAUUGGACUUUGGUGGCGGAGCACCAACAACAAUUGAUUCGUAUUGGAAGCGGCUUCGUGAUUUCCAACCAAAUGGGCCACUUGUUAAUGCCGAAUAUUACCCGGGUUGGUUGACUCAUUGGCAAGAGUCGCUAGCAAGAGUCGCAUCACAGCCUGUUGUUGAUUCACUGAAACAUAUGCUGAACGCAGGUGCAAGUGUAAAUUUCUAUAUGUUCUUCGGUGGAACGAAUUUCGGUUUCACAGCGGGUGCAAAUGACGGUGGUCCUGGCAAAUAUCAGGCUGAUCUAACAUCUUAUGACUAUGAUGCACCGAUGGAUGAAGCAGGCGACCCUACUCCAAAGUAUAUGCUGAUCAGAGAUGCAAUAAAACAAUACUUGCCCUUGCCAAAUAUUUCGGUCCCAGUACGUGCACCAAAGAUGACAUUGCCUGCGGUACGCUUAAGUCCGAUACUUUCGCUUUUAUCACCAGUUGCUCGGCGCAAAUUGGGCGGGACACCGAUCAAAACGCAGUUUCCACUAACCUUCGAGAAGAUCGACCAAUAUUCCGGAUUCGUAUUGUACGAGGCCACUUUGCCACCUAAAUUGAAGUUUGAUCCUACCAUUUUCGCGAUUCCAAAGUUGAAUGAUCGAGCGCAUAUACUUAUUGAUGAUAUGGUAGUUGGUGUAUUGUCAAGAGAAAAUUUAGUGAAUGCGGUUGCAUUGAAUGCCGGCCAUUCAGGCAAACCAGUGCAGGUGUUGGUCGAGAGCCAAGGAAGAAUUAAUUACAAUGUUAUGAAUGAUUUCAAAGGCAUCAUCGGAGAUGUGCUGGUUAAUAAUGUGCCAUUGGAAGACUGGACUAUAACUGGUUUUCCGCUCGAUGAUGUCAGUCAAAUUGAGGAUUUAAUUGCCGAAUCCAUUGGCAAUGAUAUUCAUGAGCAUACCGGUCGAUUCGUAGACUUUAGUUCAGACAUUUUGACUGGUGGGCCGAAAAUCUUUCACGCCACCUUUGACAUUGAUGCACCAGAAAUUCACGACACUUAUAUUAAUCCUAACGGCUGGGGCAAGGGAAUAAUAUUCAUCAAUGGAUUCAAUUUGGGGCGAUACUGGCCAUUAGUCGGACCACAAAUUACGCUGUACCUGCCAAAAGAGCUGUUGCGUCAACGGGGAAAUUCACUGAUUUUGAUUGAAUUACAAAAAUCCCCUGACAAUGGCUUAAUUCAAUUCAGUGAUUCAAAUAUUUUUGAAGAAGUUUAAUUUUUACUGGCUACUUAUACUGUGUGUGUGCUUAAGACAAAUGAAAAUGACGUAUCAACUUGGUAAAUCAAUGAAAUGUUUAUUUGAACGAAAUAAAUUCUUAUCGCUAUACAAGUA